GUGUUCAGCCCAGGAGAGUACGUCUGCAGGAAAGGAGAUGUGGGCCAUGAAAUGUACAUCAUCAAAGAGGGAAAACUUGCCGUCGUAGCAGAUGAUGGGGUUACAGAAUUUGCAGUUUUGAGUGCGGGGACUUUCUUUGGGGAAAUAAGUAUCCUCAACAUCAAAGGUAACAAAUCAGGCAACCGUCGCACUGCCAACAUCAGAAGCAUCGGCCACUCUGACCUGUUCAGCUUGUCCAAAGAAGACCUGACUGAUGUGCUCUCUGAGUUCCCAGCAGCCAAACGGCACCUGGAGGAGAAAMGCCGACAGAUCCUCGUCAAGAUGGGCAUGCUGGAGGAGAGCUUGGACGGAGUGGUGGUGGAAGCGGAGAACGUUGAAAACAAGAUAAAAAGGUUGGGGGACAACGUGGAAACCCUGCAGACCAAACUGGCCCGACUCAUGGUGGAGCUGGAGUCCAGCAACCGCAAGCUGCAGGUCAGAGUGGAGCAGCUGGAGAUGCAGGCUGCGGUGCAGAAACCUCGGCCGCCAGAUGGUGGGCAUGAAGGAGAAGGAGCGCAGGGAAGACUGGAGGGCGUGGGAGGGGAGGCUGACUGUGAGAGAGAGGAGGCAGAAGGAGAGCAAGAAGAAGAUUUAAACAUAAAGGCCAGAGGACAAAGUGAUGAUGAUGUGACCAAAGGAGGUGGAGAGAGCAUUAGAGGUACAAAAGAGGAAACUGAAWGUGUGGUGGAGGGACAGAAAGUUGGUCUGAAGACCUCAGAUGGUCUGACAGAGAAAACAGAAGACAAUAAGGAAAGAGUCAGAGACCAAGGAGACGACACACCCAGGAAAGGUGACGGAGCUGAGACUGAACCUGGACAUGGAAGAGAAGAGAAAUGUGAGGAGGAGAUGGAAAAGACUGAAGACCAGGAUAAAAAAGAGAUGGAGGAGUGAAAUGAAAGGCUUGGAUAUAAUAAUAAUAAUAUUAAUAAACUAAACAUUUGAAAAUAGAGGAUUUAWGUGUUGGUAUGUAAAGUUGAAUUUGUUUGUUGCAAUACAUCUUUCUUCCGCUUGAUGGCAGCACAGUGUCUCCAUUUAGAAACACUUAUUCUCCAGAACACAAAGUGUGAAAUCUGCAUCACGUUACAUUUUAAUGGAUAUUUUCUAAAUGAAUUUAUUUGACUCAACUUUUUUAUUUGACUUUUUUUCACAUGGAGUAUGACUACCAGUCUCAGUUUCAUGCAUUUUGUGUCAGAAAAAACUUUUAAAUCAUUGUUUAACUGAAUAGUUUAUUGUGUGAAUGCCUCAAACAUUCACAAUAUUGAUUUCAUGAUUCUCUUUAUUUGUUAUUAUUCCAGUUUUUUUCCGUACAUUUUUUUUUGGACUGCUUCUCCUU